GUAAUAACAUGUGUCUCUUCUAAUCCUUAAUUCCACAACAUACUCCCAAUUCCAAAGUUUCGGAAUUUUCCAUUUCUAGCUCAUCCAAACAGCGCCGUAUAUAUCAUACAUACAUACAUAUAUAUAUAGAUAGAUACAUUCUAGUGGCAUAAAUAUCUAUGGCUGACUCCUCACAAAAUCCGCACAUGAGUCAACAAGAUCAAAAUACUUCUCCAGCUCCUCCUCCUCCACCCCCGCCGCCGCCGCCGCCGUCGUCCGCCAAGACGGCGAUUGGGAUGAGCCCGCCGAGGGUUCAGCCGCCGCACGUGCAACCGAGCAUUAGUACGGAGACGCUUCCGUCGCCGAAGAAGGUGAAGACGACGGCCACCGCCGGCGACGAUUCAGGAAGCAGCCGGCCGUCGGGAGGGAAGCACUCGAGUUAUCGAGGUAUAAGGAGCCGUAGCGGGAAAUGGGUAUCGGAAAUUCGGGAACCGAAGAAGACCACGCGUAUAUGGCUGGGGACCUACCCCUCGCCGGAGAUGGCCGCCGCCGCCUACGACGUGGCGGCGCUGGCGCUGAAGGGGAGCGACAAUGCUGUGUUGAACUUCCCCGAUCGCGUCGGCCGGUAUCCUGUCCCCGGGUCUCCUUCGCCGUCGGAUAUUCGGAAGGCGGCGGCGAGUGCGGCGGCGAUGAUGAAGGCCGAGGAGGAGGCGGAGGCGUCCGGCGGCGGAGAGGCGGAGAAGGAUGAAUCGGCGGCGGAUUUGAUGAGCAGUACUGGACAUGAAUUCAUCGAUGAGGAGGCACUGUUUGAUAUGCCCAAUCUGUUGAUGGAUAUGGCGGAGGGAAUGCUCGUCAGCCCGCCGCGAAUGGCGUCGACGGCGUCCGACGACUCGCCGGAAAUUUCAGACGCCGAAAGCCUCUGGAACUAUUGAUCAUUCUAUUUUAUAUAUUUUUGAUUAAAUUAUAUAUAUAGAUAUUUAUUGUGGUGAGGAAUCACAAAUUAAAAUAAAUUAAACACAGAGAAAAAAUAUCAAUUGAAUUUCAUUGUACGAUCGAUCGAUUUCUUUUCAUUUCGUGACUAUACACAUUCGUAAAUUCCAAUUA